GGUUUUUUUGUAUGCACACAAACUGUCGGAGAUGACCGAGGAAAUUUCAGGUUAUCGCUCUGUAGGUCUGACCCGCGUCCGAUCAUAAUAUUUCCGACGGACUGCAAACACAUCAAAGAACGUCAGCGACGUGCAGGAAGUCUCUGCGAAACAAUAGACGGUUACAGGUGGAUAAAGGUUGAUAUGUGAUGUUUCAGGCGGUUGGACGGGGAACAUGGCGGCUUGUUUUCUGCGUGGUGUCCUUCUCGUCACCCUCACGGCGUGUACAAUAGCGGACGAUGGACAGUUGACGUUCAUGUCAGAGCUCUCAUCCAAACCUGCUCAGACAUUGUCAAAGUACAGUUGGUACGGCAACGUGAGGCUGCAGAGGUUUCACAUUCCAGAGGAGACUGCCAUCGCUCGCUGGCUGUUCUCAGUCACAAAAGUCAAUAACUUCCACUGUGGACAGAAAAAUGUCACCAUCCAAAUUCGAUGGGGUGCCCCUCCAGUAGUAAACCCGAUAAGUUCAGUGUUUCCUAAUGCAACACUGUGGAGCCCCAGCCUGUCUCUGACCCUUCCAGUAGCUUCACAGAGCACCACCACGUUCAACUUGUCUGACCCCUCUCCUGGUGACUGGUAUGUUACUGCCCACCUUCCUGUGGAUGACGGGCGCAUAGAGCAGAAGGGUCUUCCGUCCUGCUCCUAUUUUUUCCAGCCUCAGCUAUCGAUCAGGAGAGCGGUGGACACACCCAUUUUACAGCAGGGUACAUUCCUCCAACAAUCCGCCACACCUGACAGUCCGACACGCCUUAAGCUGUAUGUUCCAGAGUUUGCAUCAUCUCUCUCCAUCUCUGUGGCCGACUGUUCAUCAGGGGAAGGAACAGAUGGUGGGAACUGUUCACUGGUUCUCAGACUGGGCUCUUCCUCUCUGCAGCAGAGCCCAGUCACAGUAAACUGCUCAGGGACUGGCUGCUCCGCAGUGCUCUCUAACCCUCCAUGGGACUCAUGGUUACGAGUUGUUGUUGAGAGCAGCCAAGACAACCGUACUGUAACCUUUAGUAUCUUCUCAAACUACACAGUGGGAUGUAAGCCAAAAAGUGUAGGCCUUAAUGCAGAUGAUGACAUCCGCAAGCUCCGUGGCAACAACAGCUAUUCCAACUCAACGUCGCCAGGCAACGGCUCACUGUCUGCAGACACAGUCAGCUUCAUCAAUGAGUCGGCAUCACUGUAUGCGCUGUUGUUGGUGCCUGCAUGUGUGUGGAACAUCCCUGUUCUCUACGAGGAGGUGGAUGUUCUGUCGCUGCGAUAUACUCCUGUGAACGGACCCAACGUCAGCGUCACAAACACGCACCCCACAAUGCUGGCCUACCCUCUGCACACACAAGCCACUGGAGGCACGCUCAACCUGCAGCUCACACUCAACACUACUAAUGUAAACCUGGGGAACAGUAGCAGCGUGGUGGCCUGUCUCUCUCAAGGAGCUCCAGUCCUUUAUCUCAACCACUCUCAACCAUGCCGCACAGAUUUCUUUGGAGGUUAUGGUUUUCUCUUGAAUGCCAGUGAUCCUAAAGCUGUGGUCAGGCUGCCCUUCCCUCAGUCAGCAACAUGGUACCUCACAAUGCAGCUCAUGUGUAACAGCAGUGACUGUGGAAACACGUCUGCAGUGCAUGUCGUCCCUGAGUUUUUUGUCAGUGCCUGUGUAGAGGACUGUGGGACAUAUGGUGAAUGUAGACUACUGAGAUCCUACAGCUACCUGUACAGUGCCUGUGUCUGCAAGGCUGGCUGGAACGGUUGGGGCUGCACAGACGACUCGACAGCUCAGUCUUACUUGCGCCAGUUGACGGCGACGCUGCUGCUCACUCUCAGUAACCUGUUCUUCCUGCCCGUCAUAGUGGUGGCCAUCAAACGCUCCUACUUCACCGAGGCGUCCAUCUACAUCUUCACCAUGUUCUUCUCCACGUUCUAUCAUGCGUGUGACCAGCCCGGUAUAGCUGUGAUGUGUAUAAUGGACUACGAUGCCCUGCAGUACUGUGACUUCCUGGGGUCGGUCUGUUCCAUCUGGGUCACCAUCCUGUGCAUGGCUCGCAUCAGAGACACUUUCAAAUAUACUCUGUUCAUGCUUGGCGCUCUGCUGAUUGCCAUGUCAAUGCAGCUGGAUCGCAAAGGCCUGUGGAAUUUGCUGGGCCCAGUCCUAUGUGCACUGCUGAUCAUGGUCUCUACAUGGGUGUCCAGAGGUGUGGAUCGGCGACACUGUUACCCGCCUUCUUGGCAACGUUGGGUCCUUUACCUGAUCCCAGGGAUAGCAUGUGCACUGAUUGGGAUAUGCCUGUAUGUUUUUGGUGGAACGGAGGAAAACUACUACUACACACACUCGCUGUGGCACAUCCUUAUGGCCACCUGCGUGGUGUUCCUGCUGCCGCCAAAGGAGAAGAACAGGGAGACGUUGGGCUGGAGCAGAGGCUGGAACUGGAGCUGGAGCUGGCGUUGGAGCUGGAAACCCCGGGUUUGUGGGUACACUCUCUGUGAGAGUGGCAAGGAUGAACUCUAUACUGUCACCUAGUGGGUUAAGAGGUGCUGUAUGGAGGUGAUGAUUGUCUUCUGUGUAAGUUCUACAUACACUGGGGUGUUAACACAAUGACUUUAAGCCUCAGCAGUCUGAUUUAUGCUCUGUUGAAUGACACUUUUAAAGUUGCGGUGCAACGUUUCCACCGACUUAAGACCAAAGACUUCUUUUCACUCUGGCUUUCUUGAUUGUUUCAGUCAACGCACUGACCACCUCUGUUUUGUGCACUGCUGUUGUGCUCUCAGUAAAAGUACAUCCAAAAUCUCUUCCUCAAUUAUGUCAAAAAUUUCAUCAAAACGUGGCUUUAAUAUUGAUACAAAUAAACAAGCUGACAGCACCCAUCAGGCUUAUACAGUCUCAACUGUAGGGAUGAGCCGAUAUCAUGCUCAGCCAAAUAUAUAUAUAUAUAUAUAUAUAUGUAUGUCUGUAUAUAUAUAUAUAUAUAUAUAUAUAUAUCAGAGAAAGAACUUCCAAAACAAGCUGUAAACCCUAACUAUGAAACGUGCUUCCUUUAACAAACAUGCAGUAAAGAGAGAGGUGACAAGGUUAUCGUGUGACAAGGACGUGAGUGAGAUCUGCAAAUGUCUUUGAAGCAGUUAUUAGCCAAGUUGUUAAAAAGAGGUGAAAGACUACAUCAGGCUGAUAUCAGGUGUUUGGUGACACAGAGAUGACAGAAAGCUAGUUUAAGCGAAUCGAAAGUGUCAAGAGAUGGCGUUUAAAUCGGGCUUCACUCACCUGUGGAAUAUUUAAACCUAUACUCCCAUAGGUCUGUGGUUUCUGUGCUCAUGUUCACAGUGUGAAACUGUUUUUAUGCGUCUCCAAAAAAAAAACAACCUUAAUAAUAAUAAAACGUUGAGACCUAAAACAAACCUGCUGAAACCUCUUAGGUGGUUUACACCUGUUUACCAGCUAAGGUUUAAACGUGGGAGCCUUCAGGUAGUGGACCGCAUGACCUCAUGACCAGGACUUUGUACAUAGUCUGUAGGUAAAUAUUUUAUUGGGCUAAAGUAUGAAUAUUAACAAUAUUUAUAAUGACAAGCACUUUGUGGAAAUGUUUUUUAUCCAGUCUGUCACUGACUUAACUGAUAAAAUAUACUGUUAUAUUUACAUGUGGUGUAACCGCUCCUCGUUAGCAUCCUGUAUUUUCAUUAUUCCCGCAGGUCAGGGUGAAAAAGUGUAUCAUGUAAUCUUCAUCUAUUUGCUUCUCAUCUUUAGAGUCGUCUAAGAACCAUUUAAAGAAGAAAAAAAAAAAAAAGAGUAAACUGCACUUUUUGCGAAGCCUAAUAAACCUCACAAAUGCUAUUAAAUCAUUUAAACUACUGCCUCAUAAAGGGCUAUUGUGUAGAAGUUUAGGGGUAACUAUUAAUGGAAACCUAAAAUAAUAUUUGUAUUUAUUACUGUAAAAAAAAAAAGCCUUUUGUAUUUCAUGGGAAGUCUGCAAGAGGUUUUCUGUUAAGUUCAGUCACAAUAUUUCUCUAAACCCCACACACUGGACCUUUUACAUCAGAGUCUCAGCCACUGGUUAAAGGUUUUUACAUCAUCGUCACAUUUAGGGGAAAUGUUUUCAUUAGGCAGAAAUUGAAGAUAUACUUUUUUUUAUAAGUGUACAAUCGCCUGAUUGUAUGAAUUGUUUGUCGUGACAGACAAACUAAACAUCUUUUAAGGCCUCAUAGUUCCUUCAAGACACUUGGGCAAAGGGUGAGUUGAGGGAUAUUUAUAUUCAUCUGCAACUUCACUAAUGAAUGUUGCUAAAUUUCAAACACUGUACUUUUUUAUUUUUUUUUGCAUUGAGCAGCAAAUGUAGGUGCAGUGAUUUGAGAUACAGGAUACCUCCUCAUUCCUGUAAACAAAUCGAUUGUUUUUGUAGACUGUAAAUGGUGCGUUGGUCACGUGCUCGUACAAUUAUACAUAAUUUAUAUCGAAACUUAAUGACUCGGUGUCGUAUCUAAUCAUUCUAUUUUAUUCUCCCACUCUGAAACCUUACCUCUUUGCUGAACCACUUUUAUGAUUUAUCCUCUAUAAGACAAUGUUCAUAGCCCAUACAGAAUGUGUAUGAAAGGGAGCCUUAUGAAUGUACAUUGAGAUUAUUGUGUCCAGUGCCUCCUGCGAGUGUGUGUGUGUGUGUGUGUAUAUUCUAUUUUAAAGACACGGUUUGUGUUUGGUCAGUGAUUUUUUUUUCCUAUUGAUAUUUUAUUUUUCCACACACAGCCUUCCUUUCGUUGUUUUGUUUUUCUCAUUUGUGACAGUGAAUCAGUUAUUCUAUUUGUUAUUUAAGUGUGAAGAGGAGUUUUAUUGCUGUGACACACUCCAGCUCUCACUGCAUGCACAAUUAGGAUGGAGAAACUGUAAACAUGUUUGUUUUCGAAACUGUACUCUUUUAAAAACAAGCAAGUGAGACAACCAAAAAUAAAUGUUUUGUAUAAAGAG